AUGGCCUGGGGGCGCAGUGUGGAGGUGGGCAUGGGGCUGUUGGAGUGGAAGGAGCCAGGACCUGUCUGGCAGCACCGAGGACCAGGUCUCACCAUGGCAGAGGCACUGUUGGCCGGGGAAGUGCACACCUGGCAGCGUACUCUGGCCCUGGCUGAGGACCCCCUCCUCAUUCAGGAGCUGGAGCCAGGGGCUGGUGAAGACGGCGACAGCAGUGCCUCAAUGGCCCAAGAACCACCUGGGAACGGGGUGCAUUUCCAGUGGCUCCAAGGGGUUCCUAAGCCUGGCUGCGAGCUUGGUGGGGGAGAGCAGGCUGCAGCAGCCAACAGUGGCUCGGCCCACCUCCUUGGGCUCCAGUGCUCUGGGUGCUGCAGUGCCUGGGGCCAGUGCCAGGCAGCCCAGGGUCUGCAGGAUGGCACCAGUUUGUACAAGCAUUUCCUGCGGCUGGGGGUUUGGGAGAGGAGGCAGCCCCCGAGAGCCGUGCUAAUGCCUGAGGAGCAGCAGGAGGGCUCUGGAUUUGUCCAGCUGGUUGGAGACAACAGCCCCUGCUCAGGACGAGUGGAGAUCCGUGAUGGGGACCAGUGGAAAACCGUCUGUGACUCAGACUUUGGUCCCAAAGCUGCCACCGUGGUCUGCAGGGAGCUGCAGGGAUCCCCAAGGGGCGAGCCCUGCUCCCACGCAAAGGAUGUCGGUGUCACCUGCACACAGUUCACAGGGUUCAGGCUGGUGAACGGCAGUACAGCGUGUGAGGGGAGGGUGGAGGUCCAGGUGCUGGGGACCUGGGGCACCCUCUGUGCCUCCCACUGGGAUCUCUUGGACGCCCAUGUUCUCUGUCGUCACCUUGACUGCGGGUUUGCCGAGUCCAUUCCCAGGCCAGGUCAUUUUGGGAGAGCCACCCACCCCUUCUGGAGAGACUCAUUUCACUGUGACGGGACUGAAGGCCACCUGGGGCAGUGCCCAGUGACUGCUCUGGGGGCCUUGUGCUCCCACGGGAGUGAUGCUGCUGUCAUUUGCUCAGGCCCAGCUGAUUCCGCGUCCCUGCGGCUGGUGGGUGGAGGGAGCCGGUGCGACGGGCGAGUGGAGAUCCUCCAGCGUGGGACGUGGGGCAGAGUCCUGGAUGACCAGUGGGACGUGCAGGAGGCCAGCGUGGUGUGCCAGCAGCUAGGGUGCGGAGAGGCAGAGAAAGCCUACAAGCCCCCAAAGCCCCAGAGAGGGUCGGGUCCCGUGGGGCUGCGAGGGGUCCGGUGCGCAGGGCACGAGGCCAACCUGACCCUCUGCAACACCUCCCUGCCCGAGAGUUCAGCAGCGGCAGGGACUGCAGAGGACGUGGGAGUCAUUUGCUGGGGGAGCCGGCAGGUCCGGCUGGUGAAUGGGCCCGGGCGCUGUGCUGGGAGAGUGGAGGUCUACUACCAGGGCAGCUGGGGAACCAUCUGCGAUGAUGGCUGGGACCUGUCAGAUGCCACCGUCAUUUGCCACCAGCUGGGCUGUGGCGGGGCAGUGCAGGCGGUUGGCUCCGCUCGGUUCGGGGAAGGCUCUGGUCAGAUCUGGCUGGAUGGCGUGAACUGCUCCGGGGCCGAAGAUUCUCUCUGGGACUGCCCAGCAGGGUCGUGGGGGCAGCACGACUGCGGGCACAAAGAGGACGCAGGAGUCGUCUGCUCAGAGUUCAUGGCCCUGAGGCUGGAGAACAGCAACAACUGCUCUGGGCGCCUGCAGGUUUUCUAUAACGGGACGUGGGGCAGCGUUUGCUCCAACUCCAUGACUCGCAAAACGGUGUUGCUGGCAUGCAAGGAGCUGGGCUGCGGGGAUGAAGGGUCCCUAGAAACACAACGGCCCUACGGCAGGACGUCUGGCCCCACCUGGCUAGAUCACGUGCAGUGUGGGGAGAGAAACAGCUCCUUCUGGCAGUGUCCUUCGGCUCCCUGGGAUCCUCAGUCAUGCGAUGACCUGCAAGAUGAGACCCACAUCACCUGCAAUGGGAGACGGCCAGAAACGCCCCCAUCCCUGGGGACUGCGUGCCCAGAUUCCACAAGCUGCACAGACAGGGAGAAGAUUCGUGCCGUGGGAGGUGAGGACGGGUGCUCGGGCAGAGUGGAGGUGUGGCACCGUGGCUCUUGGGGGACGGUGUGCGACGACUCCUGGGACAUGCGGGAUGCUGAGGUGGCGUGCAGGCAGCUGGGCUGUGGCCCCGCGGUGUCUGCCCUGCAUGAGGCUGCGUUUGGGAUGGGGACGGGCCCCAUCUGGCUGGAGCAGGUGGAGUGCCGGGGGACAGAGCCGUCUCUGCAGGACUGCUGGGCCCGGCCUGGGGACAGCGGUGCCUGCCGGCACAAGGAGGACGCUGCCGUGAACUGCUCAGGUGAGCGGCAGGCCUGGUGCUGCCCGUUCUGUGUUCCUGCCCGUGCAGAUCCCACGCGGGGCCGUCCAACCAGCAGCGGGAGAGUCUCAUUGCCCAUCAUCAUCUGCAUCGUCCUGGGGGCCCUUCUCUGCCUGCUCCUGGCCCUCCUGGCUGGGCAACUGCGAAGCGCCAGGGCUGGGCGCAGAGGCUCCAGGAGAGCUUGGGAGCCCUUCCCUGAGGCCGUGUAUGAGGAGAUCGGUUACAGCCCGGCGUGGGAGAAGCAGGCGAGGUUCAGUCGCUCAGCUGGUCACUCUGAGUGCAGUAGAAAUGCGUACGAUUUCUGA